GUUUCCUUUAUUUCUUUUAGAAUUAAUCACGCAAGGAUAUUAUGACGGUUAUUUCAGAUAGAGAGUUUCAUGAUAUUGAGACAUCAAGCUAUUGGCUUCCCAAGGACGACGAAGAGCAGAUGAGGUUAACAGGGCAACAUUUUGCUUUUAAAGAAAUGCUUGAAGGAAAUGUUAUGCCAAGUGUAUCAUUGGAUUUCAGCAAAGGGAAUUUAUCUGUUCUCGACGUCGGUUGUGGUUCAGGAGCUUGGAUAAUGGAUAUGAUCACUGAUUAUCCCAAAUGUGAUUAUCAUGGCUGUGACAUAGUUCAAGCCAUUCCUACAAACAUGAUGCCAAAACAAUUCACUUUCAAAAUUGGAAAUAUCUUGGAAACACUUCCUUAUGAAGAUAAUACCUUUGACUUUGUUCACAUGAGAUUGAUGAUCUUUGCCCUGCGUGAGGAUGAAUGGCCUGGCGCAAUCAAAGAACUACUUCGCGUAACCAAGCCAGGAGGAUUGGUGCAGAUAGUUGAUGCAAACAUUGAACUACCCGAGCAAAAGGAUACUGUCUUUUACAAGUCCUUAUCAGCUGUGCAUACGAUCUGUAAGGCAGUAGGACAGAAUCCACGUAUUGGAGGAGAAUUAGAAAGAUUAUUAAAAGAGGUUGGCAAUACAGCGAUUAUUGACUCACAGUUUCGAUAUAAUGAUACCACAACAGGAACUCGGUUAGCCAAAAAGCUCAUUUGGUGUUGGUUAGAAGGUUCAAAGACAGGAAUGACUGUAGCAGCACCCAUUUUAGGCUUAAAUAACAAAGCGGAGCAAGAAAAUUAUCUCAAAGAGCUAGAACAUUGCAUGGCAACAACAAGUGGAUACUAUAAUGUCAACGUUGUCGUUGCUCAAAAACUGGCUUAAUGCAAAUAAAUAAUAGCCGAAUUGAUCCCCGCUUAAAGACGUUGAAGGCGGCAUGACUCUAUUUGUGACGC